AUGCCGGAGCUCACUACAGGGAGUGUGAAUCCUUCAGGAAAAGGAAAAAGGCUCAUUGUUCUUGACAUCGGUUCGGAAGACGGUUUUGUUCCCGAUGUCUUAUUGUGCUUCGAGUCGAAAAAAAAUACAAGCGAUUACCACGACGAAAUGAACGGGGAAACCUUUCGUGAGUGGAUGGAAGGUAUUUUACCACGACUAAAACCAAAUUCUGUUAUAGUUAUGGACAAUGCGUCGUACCACUCGGUGAAAAUUGACAAAGCCCCUUCAUCUAACACCCGGAAGGCCGACAUAAUAAAGUGGUUAACCGAUAAAGGAGUAGUUAUAGACAUGGCUAUGGUUAUCCCUGAACUGUUGCUUAUGGUAAAGCGGUUAAAGCCACAGCACAAAAGGUACGUCAUCGAUGAGCUAGCUAAAUCCUAUAACCACACUGUAUUAAGAUUGGUUAUUAUAUUCCAUUAG